AUGGCCUUGGGCGGCGGGGGCACGGCCGCCGCGCGGCGGCUGAGGGAGCGCCGCGCCGUGAGCGUGGAGUACAAGCGGGUGCCCUGCGAGUACGCGCGCCGCCGCAACCUGUCGGUGCGCGUGGAGGAGCGCGCGCCGCCGGGCGGCCUGACGAUCCGGUUCCUGUACCAGGGCGGGCAGACGGACAUCGUGGCGGUGGACGUGGCGGCGGCCGGGUCGUCGAGCUGGCGGUCCAUGACGCGGGAGCGCGGCGGGCCGGCGUGGAGCACGGGCCAGGCGCCCGCGGGGCCGCUGCAGCUCCGGAUGGUGGUCACCGGCGGGUACGACGGGAAGUGGGUGUGGGCCGAAGGGGAGGUCCUCCCGCGGCGGUGGGCCGCCGGCCGGGUGUACGACACCGGGGUGCAGAUCGCCGACGUCGCGCUGGAGGGGUGCUCCCCCUGCGACGCCCGAGAGUGGAAGUGA